AUGAAUCUGUACCCCGUGUCCUUGCUCGAAAGCUAUAUUGACCACCCGCGGUCCCACAAGACACACACCUCGCCCGAUUCGUACACGAUGCCCGACACACCAUCAAAGCCUACACGCAACAUUGCUGAACUCGCACGCGAGGAGAAGGCAUUCACGUUUGUUCACUUCACCUGCGAACACGCAUGGGUGAUUGGCAACAUCUUACGGAACACGCUUCGAUUGGCCGACACUUCGGCGCUCAUACACAUCUCCUUUGCAAACCAGACGCUGUUCCACUCGCCGAGCCUGCCGGGCAUGAUGCCGGACCACGAGACUUGGGUGCAGAGGAAGCGCAACACGGUGCUGCGCUGGGGCCACUCGACAUGGCACCUGAGCUGUCGGUUUGACGGAGACUACAAACGCUUCGCAGAGCAUCAUGCUAUGAGCGGUGAGGAGUGGGCCAAGUACACGAUAGAAGGAGGUGGGUAUCCCGUCUUUGUGAGGGGCGUGGAAGGCUGCGUGGGCGCCAUUGUCAUUGUAGGACUGGAAGGCGAGCACGCACACAGCGUGCUUGUAAAGGCGAUGGAGGAGUACAAGGUGCUGCGGGAAGGAUCCAAGAGUCCCAUGCGCAGUUUGACGGUCAAGUGA